ACAGUUAAAUAAAAACCAAGCUAAGAGCAGGCAGGGCUUCGUGGGAUGGGAACAGAGCAGUGCCUCCGAGUGUUUCCAGGCUGUGACAGUUUAUUACAACUAAGAACACCCAGAGGAGAACCAUUAGAGCAGAUGAGGACCAGAAGAGAGACGAACCACCACGACACGGGAGUGCUAAUGGGAGCGGUGAAGUGAGAAGAGUCCAAGAGCGCCGACUGUGUCAGGAUCAAAAGACACCAAAAGCAUAAUGGCACUGCUCUUGUGGGUCAGCCUGUCGCUGCUGCUCGCUGUCCAGUCCGGUGCGGUCAGGAACUGCCACCCCAGCUGUCACUGUGAGGUGGAAAGCUUCGGGCUGUUCGACAGCUUCAGCCUGACCAGGGUGGACUGCAGAGGCAUGGGCCCCAGCGUCUCCAUGCCCAUUGCCAUCCCUUUGGACACCGCUCACCUGGACCUGUCGUCCAAUGAUAUGGGCCCUCUCAGCGAUGCCAUGUUAGCCGGUCCAGGCUACACCACGCUAAUUAGUUUGGACCUCAGCAGCAACAAAAUUACUACGGUUAGCCCCAGUGCAUUGUCCAAGCUGCGAUACCUGGAGAGUUUGGAUCUGAGCUACAACAAUCUGGAGAGUCUGUCUCCAAGCUCUUUCUCUGGCCUCCCUCUAGCCGAGGUGGACCUCAGUCACAACAGUUUCCAGGAGUUUGACAUGGCUGUGUUCGCUGCUAAAGUGAACGGUGAACCAGUCACCGUGGAUCUGUCCCAUAACAAGCUUGUGUCAGUCUCUGCCACCUUGCAUGGAAGAGCUUUACAUAUUCAGAAUGUCAAUUUGUCAGUGAACCAGCUGGUUAACGUACCGAGCAUGGCGGGACUUCCGCUGAGGUACCUAAAUCUGGACGCUAACCCAAUCCUAAAAAUCAAGAAGGGAGCCUUUGCUCAGCUGAAAGAUUUGGUGUAUUUAUCCCUCAGUGGCCUCGAUGAACUUCAUGAAAUUGAGCCGCAUAGCUUCAGCGAUCUUCAGAACCUGCAGGUUCUGGACCUCUCGAAUAACUCAAAACUUAAGAAUCUAAGCCCUGCAGUCUUCUGUGGACUAGACUCUCUGCAGGAGCUCAACUUGUCUGGCUCUGGUGUGACUUCUUUGCCAACUAACAUGUUGAGCCACCUUCCCAGCAUCAAGAGUAUCACUCUCGGACAAAGCAUCCACUGCUGGAGGACGCAAAAACAGGGACAGUUCCACCGUCAGAUGGGGCAGGUCCAGCAUAACGAGGAGCUGCACUGUAACGUAGACGGCAUUGUGUUGUGAGACCGGGCCUCAGGAAAUGAACCACUCCUAUCAUUCACGACUGCAGGGCUGAGGCUCGUCUGCUCUGAUAUGUAAAACAGUCUGAGUCGCUCUCGCUCAGUUAAAUCUGUUCCUUGGUGAUACUGUGGAUCAUACCUUAUCAUUUUUAUGUAGCUUUGAAAAAACUCUGGACACUUUAUAAUGCUUGCUGUAUUUUAACAGGGCAGGCCAACUUCUUCAGUGAUUUAAUACAUUUCACAUUUUAAACUCAUAAAAAAACCCCACCAUGAAUUCAUUUUAACAUGUUGGAGUCACAUCUUUCACUUCAUGGUCUUAAGAUCUACUUGAACUUAGUCCUAAUGUGGUAUUUUCUUUAAUAUUGUACUUAUACUAGUCAGAAAUUGAUGGACAUUGUUACCAUUUAACCACUAUGAGUUCUCAUAAGACUUUGAAUGUCUGGGUGAGGGGGACGAUUUUGAACUUGACUAGACAUUUUGUUUUUCUAUAUGCUGUGUUCAAUUUACCUCGGAUUUCAGAACUUAAAUUAUUUUUGUCACAAUAAUGGAGCUAACCUAUUCUAGCUAGAAGCCAAAAACCAGGCUGGCCGCUAUAAGCAAUACAAGACAUACAAACGCAUUUCUCUUUAUUCUAUGCCUUUCAAAACAAAAUAAACACACAAAUGCAAAUCAUACACUACUGGUAAAAUAUAAAACAUCCAAAGUGGAAAUACACCUUUUUGUUCCUGCUACUUUCAAAAUAUCUUCUGUUCCCAACAGCCAUGUUGGGUCUGAAUUUGGUAUUUACAACUCAGAAAUCCUGACAUCCGAGGACAAAUUGAAUGCAUCAUUUGAUUGAAGUUACCACCAGACCUUAAUAUCUUAUCUUGGUUUAGCUUAGCAGUUAUUUUAGCUUAAUCUUUCUGGUUGGUUUAAUCUACAAUAGGUAAUGUCUGAAAGGUUGUCCGCUUUUCGUCUUACCCUGUUGAGCCUUAAAGCAGCAAUGCACAGUGUUUUGGGAUAUCUAUUGUAUAAAAAUCUUUAAAAUUAAGAAAAAAAAAAAGAUCAGCGGUGGUGUUCUAUCCUUACAACGAACAAUGUUGUUCCUUGUUUGUACUGUGACCCGGGCAAAUUUACAGGAUCUGACUGAUAAGUAAGUUCAGUCAGGUGUCACUCUGCUGGUUGAGGUUGAUGUUUUGGUUCCCAAUUAUUCCAGUUUACAUGCUGAACUGUUAAACUACUAAACACCACAUUGUAAGUCACUUUGGAUGAAGACCUUCCUCUAAAUGAAUGUACGUUAUUGAAUGUAAUAUAACAGUUGCAGUCUAUUUCAAGACUUUGACUAAACCCUGCAGUAGGCACCGUCAGCAUAAGAUCAGUUUGAUAACCUCGUGUUAAGCUACUACAAAGCCUAGUAUUUGUGCGAAAAAUUCAAACACAGAUGUUACGCAAGAUAACUUGAACAUUAAUUUAACAAACACCCUCCAAAUUCAGUCGUGACUUUCAAGUGCUGGUUUUGCAGGAGAAAAUUGGGAACCGGCCCGUGAAUAUACUGCAUCCUAAUUGAAUCUGUUUCUUCUCCAACAAAUUAAUCAAUCAAAUGAUUCCAGCUUUUUUUUUUUUUAAGUCUAAUUUUAUUUCAACUUUGACCAGAAUUCAGUCAAAUCUCAAAAUUGAACAGGUUGCAUGCUCAAAGCUCUGGCACUUUCUCAAACAUCCUGUUAAAAUGAAUUAUUUCAAAUCUUAAUGUUUUUUUUAAAUUGUAACACUUUAAACUGUGUAGCAUUUAUUUCAAGCCUCACAAGCUGCCUUUUGUAUUUUUCCCCAACAAAUACUCUAGAUUUAAUGACCAAAACUUUUUUGCUUUGUUUAAAGUCCAUGUUCUCUGACCUUUUCAUUACUUCGCCACUGUUCUUAUUGAUCUUACCCUUUUUUCCACUGAGAUAGCACAGCAGGAGUAAACAAGGUCAGAAGUAGUUGACCAAAAGUAAGCCUUGAUUUACUCUCAUGCUCUUUAGUGAAAUUGGACCACUAACAGUUUAUCACAUUUUCUGUAUACAAGUUAUUUUUGUUUUGUGUGUUGAUGCACAUGUGUGAACUUGCCUUGAUAUUCCUUUUGCAUUAAGAGGAGAAUCGGUCUCAAGAACGCUUGUGGAGACUGGAAUCUGCCUUCAAACUGUCCACUUUACUGAAAACGUUUUAGUUUAAAGAUCUAUAUUUGUAUGAAUGUAAGUAAACUGUACAUAACCAUAUUAAUAUGUAAAUCUUAUGUGUAAUAAAUUGACCCCUCUCACACUGUGAA